AAUUGAUGAUUCAGAUAAGUUCAAGUUGAGAAAUCUCAAUAAAAUGUAUUAGAUUUCUUUGAUCUAGAUCUAAUAAGGCAUAUAAUAAGAAUUGCAAUCAGCAUACUUUCAAAUUCAGCUAUUCACUUAAUGACACAGUGUUAGAAUCAAUUAAUAGUAUCUGUAAUGCAAGUAUAACUAAUGAUACAUGAUAGAAUUAUAGAGCAGAUCAAUAGCCUGCAUUAAAUGGAGCCAUUAGAGUCUAGACGAUUAGACGAACAAACAAGAUACCAUAUAAACAGGAAGGGUUGUAAAAUCCCAGAUCUAUCAGGAGAACAAUAAUGGAGAACAACAAAACUCUGUGUCUCUUAGAUCGUGCGUAGAUCACGUGUGCAUCAAUUAAAAAAAGUAGACAUCCAUGACCUUGUGACAUUGCAAAAUACCAACCCCCCUUCCCUGGAGUCGAUACGCAUUGAGAUUGGAUACUGUAAACAGAUGACGAGAUGUCCCUAUGGAUGUACUGUACGGUACCGUCUACGUAGUUUUAUGUAACAGGCAUUACGAGCGUUCGAAGUGGACGCCCUUGGAUCACAUCACAUCGAUAUGAGAAACUAGUUUUCAUCGGGGAGACGACUGACAAAGAAAAACGUCCAACGAAACCGUACUACAUAUACGUAGGUACGGUGCAUGCCUGGAUCGGUCGAGCUCUCACUCGUUUCUUCGAUCGACACAGUUAAUCCAUUGUACAUUCCAGAGCAAAGUAGGCUUUUCUUGGUUAAGGUACCGCUGGACCACCAUUGAUAAAACCUGUCAGUGAAUCAGCUGAUCAGUUAUUCACGUACGCUAGAUCAGCUGUGAGCAAUCAUGGACGCGUUGAAGGAAGAAGAUUUUGUGAUACCCCCAGUUAAAUACGAAUAUUUGGAUCACACAGCGGAUAUGCAAUUACACGCAUGGGGUGAUACUAUGGAGGAAGCUUUUGAACAAUGUGCAAUAGCCAUGUUCGAGUUAAUGACGGAUUUAGCGCGGGUUCAAAUAAAACAGGUACACAAAGUGGAAGCUGAAGGGCACGACAUGGAGAGCCUUCUCUUUCAUUUCCUUGAUGAAUUAUUGUUCAUGUUUAGUGCCGAGCCGUACAUCGUUGCAAAGAAAGUGGAGAUCGUUACGUUUGACCGCGAGAACUUCAAGAUCACCGCAGUAGCGUUUGGAGAAGAAUUUACAAUAGGGAAACAUUCUCAGAAUGCUGAAGUAAAAGCUAUAACGUAUUCAGCUAUGCAGAUCCUCGAUCGUCCGCGAACUGAACGUCCUGAAGUUUUCGUGAUCGUUGACAUAUAGUUGUUUUGGGCCCAGUUCGGUGUUUCGUUUGAUUUCUUGACGCGCCCUUGGCUUAACACUUUAAAUACAAAAGUGGGAACGACCGCAUGGAUACAGGAGCAAGUAGGGAGGGUACACCUCCCUUACAUCCUACAUAGGGUACGAUCCUUUUGUAGUUGCGUAGGGUUCAAAUAAAUACGUUACGAAGAAAACACCGGGCUCCCUUCUUGGCGACCUAUCUCAGGUACGUGUCAAGGAGUCACGGAACCCUGGAUUUAUUAAAGACACUGUUCAACGUCAAGUUAAUUCUGUCAACGUUUAACCAUAUGUAAAUAUUUUAAUUUUUAAUAUUACCCUCUGUAAGUAUUCCUGGAUUCAUUAUUUUUAUCAGAAGCUACCAUAAUAAUGAAUUAUUUGCGUUUGAAAUCCAAAGAGUAUAUGAAAUAUGUACCAUCGAAUAUCGGUGUAUUUUUGUAUACAUUAAAUAAAGACCGUUUUCUAAUGUU